GGGAGCAAUUAGGGGUCAAGACUCACUUUUGCCUUUGUUUCAUCAUUUUCGGAGUAUUUUUAAGACAUCGGGAAACGAGGUUAGGACACUGACACCUGUCACGUUGACGUCACAAAUCACACACUGAUUUUCAAGGGUAGUUAAAAAAAUAAAAAAUAUCAAGCAAAAUAAACCGAUUUUCAAGGUAAUCUAAAAAAAAGUAAAUAUUUCAAGCAAAAUGACCCAAUUUUCAAGGACAAAUAGAAAAGUAGAAAAUAUUGCGAAAAUGACCGGAUUUUCAAGGGAAAACACCAUAAUUUUCAAUGUAGUUAAGAAAGCUAAAAAUAUCAAGCAAAACACCCUGGUUUUCCAGGUAGUUAAAAAAAGUAAAAAAUAUCAAGCAAAAUAACCCGAUUUUCCAGGUAGUUAAAAAAGUUAAAAUAAUCAUUAAAAUACCCCCGAUUUUCCCGUGUGCUUAAAAAAACUACUAAUAAGGCCCCCAUGCACACAGCACUUUUUAUGGAAAAACACCCCGAUUUUCAAGGACAAACAGAAAAGCAGAAAAAAUCGUGGGUCCAUGGUGCACACAGCCAUUUUUUAGCAAAUAUACCCUGUUUUUCAUAGUAUAUUUAAAAAAGCAAAUAUUUCAAGGAUUUUGUCCUGUUUUUUAUAAUAUAUUUAAAAAAGCAAUUAUUUCAAGAAUUUUACCCUGUUUUUAAAGGUAACAUUUUUUCAAAGAUUUUACUCUGUUGUAUUUGAAUUUACCGCCGCGAUUAAGUUGGUACUAGUUAUAUUGGCAAAUCUGAUUACCUUGAAGCUUGUGCUUCGUACACGUGUUCGCACAUGGUUCGCAUGUUGAAAGUGAAAAGAAAAAAUGAGUAAAAGGAGUAGUUUCCGGCUCAACGAAACAGAUACAGUUACAGCUAGUACAGCUAGUACAGAAAAAGUGGCAAUACUUGAUGACACGCUGACAAACAUGGAAACAUCAAUUCGACGAGUGCAUGACUCAGUCAAUGGCCUUGAGAUGUGUGAUUUGUGGUUGACGUUUCUUUGGGGAUUUUCGUUGGAGGAACGGCUCGUUCACAAGCGCAAAUUUUUCAAAAAAAAAAUUCAAAAACAGGCCGCACAGAACAGCUUUUAGGUCCAUGCACCAUCAUUGUACGACCGGUUAAAUAAAUAAAUAAGUCUUGCAGUCCUUGAAUAAAUAAAAAAUAAAAUAAAAGUAGCUCGUUCACAAACGUCAAUCAGUGUAAUUUAUUUUCUCAAAAAACAUAACUUUGUGCCUUAAUACCCCCUCAAGACACCCCCGACUGACUUUAAAUAGUGGAAAGGAUGGAUUCGAGUGAUUAUUUCGAGAGUUAUCAGGACUUGUCGAUUCAUCAGAUCAUGUUGAGAGAUGCACCGAGGAAUAAGGCUUACAAGCAAGCGAUUUUUGACAAUGCUGACCAGAUUUUGGGGAGGAGGGUUUUGGACGUGGGGGCUGGGACUGGGAUUUUGUCGGUUUUCUGCGCCCAAGCUGGGGCUGCCAAAGUCUAUGCCGUUGAGGCAAGUAACGUGAGUAAGAUAGCUCGAGAGGUGAUCAAGGAAAAUGGGUUCGAUAAGGUGAUUGAGGUGAUUAAUUCCAGAAUUGAGGACACAGUUUUGCCGGAAAAAGUCGACAUAAUAGUAUCAGAAUGGAUGGGCUUCUACCUUUUGCACGAAGGCAUGCUAGACUCUGUAAUUUUCGCCCGAGACAAAUUUCUCAAACCGGGCGGUUUAAUGUUCCCCGAAUCGGCAACAAUUUACUCAGCUCCUUGCUGCGUCCCCUCAAUGUUCGACUCCUGGGGCAACAUCGAAGGCGUCUCCAUGAAAAGCUUCAGCGAGAAGCUCCGCACUGAGGCAUCGCACAAACCCAGCACUGUUUCGGUGGCCAAAGAGCACAUUUUGGCCGAUCCUGAGGUGCUGCUGUGGAUUGAUUUACGCGAAGUAACGCAGAAAGAAGUUGACGGGUUUAAGGUCCAGCACAUCGCUGUGGCAACCAAGGCGGGGAAGUACCAAGGGAUUUGUUUGUGGUUCACUUGCACGUUCCCGUCUUUUGUGACUGAACCCGUCACCCUAUCCACUGCUCCUGAAGAUCCAGAGACGCACUGGAAGCAAACAACUAUCGUUCUCCCGACUGAAAUCCAAGUCGAGCAAAAAGCGCCAAUUGCCUACGAAUUAUCCCUAGCUCGAGCUCAGGAAAAUCCAAGACGGUACAACAUUGAGGUGACCAUGCUGGACCCUGCCGAGGUCGAACAUCCAGAAUAUUGUGCCUGUCAUAUGACUAAAUGUAUUCUAGUUUGGGCAAUGUUGGAAAAAUAUGAGAAAGAAAGUAUGGGUAAAUAAAUGUGUGGUCUCGA